GCCACUGUAUUAUACGUUCUGAAUAAGCAGGUCCUAUUGCUAUGAAUUAUGAAAAAUGAGUCCUCCUCAUGCCAAUGUGCAUAGAUCGUAUAAAAAUACGGGCGAGAUUAAUAGUUCAAGUUACAAUGAUUCGAAAAUUGAAUACAUCAUUUUAUUAACAUAGUCGGAUGAUAUUGUAUGUUGUUACAAGUACACCACACAGUAUAGCAGACAUGUUAAUAUAUAAUAUAUAUAUUCAUCAAAGUCCGAUUGAAAGAUGAUGCUCUGCCGACAAGAAUGCACUUGAUAAUUCAAGUUGUGUAUUCAAUAACAAGAAUAUAUGUGAUUUUUAAAGUUGGACUGAAAAUGAGUUUUGACAUACACUACGUAGUACUAAACUGUUUAUCUAAUCCAUAUGUUAAAUUAUUUUGUUUGGCGUUCGUUAUUAAUAGGGACGACAUAUGCUUGCACAAAAUUUGAUGAUAUACAUUGUAAAAUUGAGAAUAGAGAUUAAAUUUUCUACAUACCUAGCAUGUUAAGUAUUAGUUUGAUUCCUACUCUAACUAGUUUUGCAUGAACAUCUUUACCAUUGAAACUAGUAGAAAAUGUGGAGGCAUUUACUAAAAUAAUUAGUAGAAAAAAAUCAUGGCAAAAGGGAGUUGCUUUAUUAAAUUGGUAUAGUAUAGGGACUAACAAUUAAAGAAUGAUAAAGCAAAAUAAAUUAAAAAAAAAGUUGCGGAGCCACCCGAAAUUCCCGCAAAAACAAACAAAUAUAUACAAAACUAAAUAAUAAUUUCUGUUUUGAUUUUGAUUUUUUAAUUUCCCCCCUCCCUUUCUCUGUUUCUUCUUCCCAAUCUCAUUCUUUCUUAGUUUCUUUCUUCUUCUUCCUCUGCGUAGCUCUUCCAAUUUUUCACCAGUCAGUAUUUCGCUGCUAAACGAAAAUUUCUCCUUCCUCCUUUAACCGCCGCCAAUCACUUCCCUGAAUCCAAGCCUGAAGAACUCAUCGACUUCCAUUGAUUGAUUUCACAAAGUAAACAAACCCCUUUUGCUCACGGGUCUGAUUCUUUGAUUCCCCAUCGAAGAAUCAAACCGAUUCAGUCCAUAAAGGAGGUUGCUUUCUUCUUCUUCUUCUUCUUCUUCUCUUUCUUUCUUCCAAAGCUUGAAUCUAAUCCUUCAAUGGCGUCGCCGGAGGAGACUGGCGGCGGGAGCGGGACCUGGAGUUGCAGCAAUAACAUCGAUUUGGAAGAAGCCCAGAAGAUAAUUCUGCGGUGGGACUCGUCAGCGUCGGAAGAAGCUCGUGAAAAGAUGAUAUUCGCCGGCGACCGUCAUGAAGUGGAUCGCUACCUGCUGGCGGUCGACGAAAUCCAGCGCUCCAUGUCCUCCGCUUCCAUUUCCGCCGCCCCAACCGCCGACGGCGGCGGAAACGGAGAGGACAGUAAAGACCAGGUUCAAGAUGAAGUCAACUCCGCCAUCCAGAUCGCCAUGGCUCGACUCGAGGACGAGUUCCGCAACAUCCUCCUUAGCCACACCGCCCCAAUCGAAGAAGACGCUCUCACCGAUAACCCCGCCGCCGCCGCCGCCGUCGAGUCCUCCAACUCCGCCGCAGAAUCCUCCACCGCCGCUGGCGAAUCGGUGGAAGAAGAUCGCCUCUCCGGAAGCGGAGGCAGCGGCCCGCAAGUCGUCGAAGAGACCAAUCUCAACCUCUCAGAUCCAAUCCCGCGCACCGACUCCUCCGUCAGCAACAGCUCCGGUAGCUACCGAUCGACGAGCAGCAUCAAGGAGCUCGAUCUGAUCCCCGAGGAAGCGGUUUCCGACCUUCGCUGCAUCGCUGAGAGGAUGGUCUCCGCCGGAUACCUCCGCGAGUGCAUCCAGGUGUAUGGCAGCGUCCGCAAAUCCGCGGUCGAUUCCAGUUUCCGUCGCCUGGGGAUCGAGAAACUAAGCAUCGGCGACAUCCAGCGCCUCGAGUGGGAUUCUCUCGAGAGCAAGAUCAGGCGGUGGAUUCGCGCCGCCAAAGUCUGCGUCAGAAUCCUGUUCGCCAGUGAGAAGAAGCUCUGCGAGCAGAUAUUCGACGGAAUCGAGACAGCUGCCGUCGAUGAAGCUUGCUUCGUCGAAACGGUAAAAGGCCCUGCAGUCCAGCUCUUCAAUUUCGCCGAAGCAGUCAGCAUCAGCCGCCGCUCGCCGGAGAAAAUGUUCAAGAUCCUCGACCUUCACGAUGCUCUAGUUGACCUAAUGCCGGACAUCGAAUCCGUUUUCGACUCGAAAUCGGCCGAUUCGAUUCGAGUUCAAGCCGCCGAGAUCCUCUCUCGACUCGCCGAGGCAGCCCGAGGGAUACUCUCCGAGUUCGAGAACGCAGUCCUCCGAGAGCCUUCCAAAAUUCCGGUCCCCGGAGGAACAAUUCAUCCAUUAACGAGGUACGUGAUGAACUACAUUAGCUUGAUCUCCGAUUACAAGCAAACAUUGCUCGAGCUCAUAAUGUCGAAACCCUCCACGGGUUCGAGAUACUCCGGGGACCCCACGACCCCGGACAUGGAGUUCGCCGAGCUAGAAUCAAAACCACCACUUGCCCUGCACUUGAUAUGGAUCAUAGUGAUUCUCCAAUUCAACCUAGAUGGGAAGUCCAAGCUUUACAAAGAUGCAUCAUUAGCCCAUCUCUUCCUGAUGAACAAUGUGCACUACAUUGUUCAGAAGGUGAAAGGGUCGAUGGAGUUGAGAGAGAUGAUUGGAGAUUAUUACUUGAGGAAGCUAACUGGGAAGCUUAGGCAAUCUGCAACGAAUUACCAGAGGGCGACUUGGGUUGGGGUCUUGUACUGCUUGAGAGAUGAAGGCUUGCAUGUGAGUGGGAGCUUUUCGUCUGGUGUUUCGAAGAGUGCAUUGAGGGAGAGGUUCAAGAGCUUCAAUGGCAUGUUUGAGGAGGUUCAUAGGACUCAGGCAACAUGGUUGAUACCCGAUACUCAGCUGCGAGAGGAGCUGAGGAUUUCGAUAUCGGAGAAGCUGAUCCCUGCUUAUCGAUCAUUUUUGGGGAGAUUCAGGAGUCACAUUGAGAGCGGGAGACAUCCAGAGAACUAUAUCAAGUACUCAGUUGAGGAUUUGGAAAGUGCGGUGUUGGAUUUCUUUGAGGGCUGCCCUGCUUCGCAGCACUCGAGGAAGAGGUCUCAGUGAAGAAAGAAGGAAGAGUUUUUGGACCCGACUUAGAGGUGAAACAAAGCUUUAGGACACCAUUCUUUGAAUUCUUUUCUGUGUGGGAGUGUUCAGGGUUGAGAGGAUCGGUUUGCUGCUGCUGCUUUUGCUGCAAUGUGCUACUGAUGGAAAGGAUCGAAUGUCUGAUGUUCGAUAGUGGAACGAUGGAGAAGAAGUGAGCUCGGUUCUCUCAACCUGAAUGCUUCUGCACUGUAAGCAAAUGCAUUGUUUGUUUUCUUAACUUCUGUCAUAUGAUCACAAGUCUUAGAUUUUUUCGUUUUUCCAAUUUGGUUGUCAUUUGUUCAUAUGGGGGAACUGUUGUAAACGUGUGAUCUGCUCUUACUACUACUACUUGGCCCUUCUUUCCCCCUUUUUCCUGAUACGAUGAAGAAACCCAGUUUCCAUUCUUCUGCCAUUCUUUCUGCUGCAAAUGAAUCUCUUACUGCUGGCUUGGAUGACGUUGGAAUGAAUACGCCUGCUGCAUUUUAGUUUGGAAAAAAAAAAGAACAAGAUAGAUAUGGGUUCUGUAUCUUUUGUCUAGUUCUAGAAGUUGAUAAGAACAUAACUGAAUUUUGCCAAGCGUGUUUCAUGGGAAUCAUUUGAAGAUGCUAAAUGGGGUUUCCAUUCCAGGAAAAGAAAGGAGAGACUUUUUCCAAAUUGAACUGCCAAACUUAUGAUUUUAGAAGGAUGUUCUAGGGUAUGGGUUGUCAGUUUAGUUACAUGUGUGGUCUGGUUAUUCAUGGCUCAAAGGUGUCUUCAACGACGGUGCGCGUCGAUGGUGAAGUUGAAGUCUGAGUUUCUUAGAUUGAGAAACCUCGACUUGAAACUGCUGCUAGGUCGAUUGAAAGCACCAAAAAACGUGUCUGGUUGAAGAAGAAGAAGAUGCCUUGGUUUGGUUGAAAUGAAAGUUGGGAAGAGGGGGAUAAUCUUCCAAGUUGUGGUGGUCACAGCUAGCUAGAGUAGGAUGGGAGCCAUUAAUUUGAUUUGAUAAUCAUGCUGCUCUGCUCCUCAUUCUGUUGCGUUGUGAGUUGUGCUCAUCACAUCGAAUUUCAGACAGAUUAUUAGAAUGGGGCCAACUCACAGGCUUAGGCUGUCACAAAAUUGAUUGAUUGGUUUCUAUUUUUAUUAAUAAUGGAUUGAGAUUGGAAUGUCAGCUCUCCCUCCCUCACCACCACAAACCUCCCAUUCACAUUUGAUUCCCUUGUUAUGCUUGAGCUUGGAAGGACAUCUAAGUAGUUACACCAUGUGCCCUAAUUGUUUGUUAAUGUUGUCUCAGUUUCUCCAACGAUGUUACCUUUUGAUAAAUAUAUUUGCGAGAUAUGACAUGAGUUGUAGGACUUGACGUGUGACUAAUUAAACAAUUUUAUACGAUUGAAAUAGUAUAGAAUCAAUUUAAAACCAUGACUUCGGAAAAAAAACCCAGCUAAAUCAAAACUAACCCAAUUAUAAAUCUCAUCCAUCUUCACAAUUCUUUGAAUCAAAUAUGGCCACCUUCACAAAUGGAUUUAUUACAUAGAGAAAACAAGUCUAUCUCGGUUUUCUUCUCCCAAAAGAAGGGAAAAGAAAUAUGACCCAAAAUCAACCCGCCAAAAUAGACCAUGCUAAGAAGUAAGAAGGGAGUUGUCUCAACUUUGAUCCUUCCAUCUUCUUGCUUAAUUCCUUUGCUACUUUCGCCACUUGUUUUCGUAUGAUACAAUUGGUACCUCCGACUCGAUCACGAAACCCCAUAUCAUAAACGGUUUAUCCAAAAUGGAUCUCGUAUUAUCUAAUAAACAGAGGUGUACAAC